AUGCUACCAUGCGAUCAUACAACACGUUUCCGAACAUUCUCCGGUUGGUGUAAUAAUUUGAAAUAUCCGGAAUAUGGAAACUCGUUUGCCCCACUUCGACAUGUUCUUCCACCAGUUUAUGACGAUGGUUUCGAUGCUCCAAGAGUUCGAGCAAAAUCAGGAAGACCACUUCCAAAUCCAAGAAGAGUUUCUAAUUUGGUUUGUGAAGAUAAAGAUGUUUCACAUGUCAAAUUCACGCAUAUGGUAAUGCAGUUUGGACAACUUUUAGAUCAUGAAUUGACGCAUUCGCCAGUUGCAAGAGGGCCCAAUGAUGAGAUCUUGAAUUGUACAAGGUACACAGAAACUAAAAGUAAUUUUCAUUAAAAAAAUAUAAUUCUAGAUGUGAUUCCCCCGAAAAAAUCUCAGUUCAUUGUAUGCCAAUUCGAGUUGAAGCUGAUGAUGGAUUUUUCCCAACACAUAAUUCCAACGGGGAACCAAGAUGUCUACCAUUUGCCCGAAGCCUAUUGGGACAAUUAAACCUUGGAUAUCGAAAUCAAAUAAAUCAGCUGACCGCAUUCGUAGAUGGCUCAGUGAUUUAUGGAUCAACGAAAUGUGAAGCGAAUACUCUUCGACUUUUCACGAGAGGACUUUUGAAUUUCACCGAUUUCGGACAGGGUCAAAUGAUGUUGCCACAAGGAAAUCAAGAAAAAGAUUGUCGAUCGAGUCAGGAAAAACGAUCAAUGCCAUGUUUUGUUGCUGGAGAUGAACGAAAUUCGCAUCAACCUGGUCUCACUGUUAUGCAUACGUUUAUGGUUCGAGAACAUAAUCGAAUUGCGAUGAAAUUAUCGGCUUUGAAUCCACAUUGGAAUGAUGAUACUGUUUAUGAGGUUAGAUGAUAUUGAAGGCAGAAAGUUAUAAACUGUUUUUCGGAUCUUCUGGUAAACUAUGAGGUCUAGGCAUGGAAGCUCUCAAGGCAUGACUCCUUGUCAGACGGGAUCGGGUCCUAGACAAUUAGAUUCUUCAGGCGCUGCUACUUGAGAACUAGGAUAUCUAACCACUACUACUUUUCCAAUUCAGACAUAAAAAAUCUGGUUCAAUUUAAAAAAUUCCAAAUUUAUAGGAAGCUCGUCGAAUCGUUGUCGCCGAACUUCAACACAUAACAUUUUCCGAAUUCCUCCCAAAAAUAAUUGGCUUAGAUCUUCUCAACGCUCAAAACCUAGUUCCAAAGAAAAGUGGAUAUUUCUCUGGCUACGAUUCAACAUGCGAUGCGGCUAUUUCUCAACCAUUUGCAACAGCCGCGUUCCGUUUCGGACACACUUUAAUCCGAAGAAUGUUCCCAAGAAUGAAUUAUAAUUUUAAAAAUAUGUCGGAACCCGUGGAUCUUGCACAACAUUUCGGCCAUGUUGGACCAAUUUAUGAGAAAGAAAAAGGUGGUCUCGAUGCGAUGUUGAUGGGUUUACUUGGAACACCAUCAAUGGCAUUUGAUAGACAUAUUACUGAUGCAGUUAGAAAUCAUUUGUUUAUGAGAAGAGGAGAAAAAACGAGUGGAAUGGAUUUGAUUGGUUGGUUACUUUUAGAUAUCUCAUAGAAUUUGCUUUUUUCUAGUUCUGAAUAUUUUGCGAGCUCGUGAUCACGGAGUGCAACCUUACAAUGAUUUGCGAGAAUUUUGUGGAUUAAAACGAGCAACUAAUUUCGAUGAUUUGAAAUCUGAAAUGGAUCAAGAAAAUAUAAAUAUUCUUCGAAGUCUUUAUGAGAGUGUUGAUGAUAUUGAUUUGUUCCCUGGAUUAGUUAGUGAAAGACCACUUCGAGGAGCAUUGGUAAAUAAAAAUGAUAAGGGCUAGAUCAUUUCUAUAUAUUUUUUAGCUCGGAACUACAAUGUCAUGCAUUAUUGCUGAACAAUUCGGAAGACUUAAAAAAUGUGAUAGAUUCUACUAUGAAAAUGAUAAUUCAGCUGCUAGAUUCACUCCAGCACAGUUGAAUGAAAUCAGAAAAGUGAAAUUGGCAUCGAUUUUCUGCGCAAAUAGUAAAUAUUUAAAGACUAUUCAACCUAAUGUUUUUGAUGUUACUGAUGAUUUAACGUAAGUUAUUUUAAUUCUAGAAACAGACACAUUAGGAAAUUAUUUUAGAAACGCUCUGAUUCCAUGUUCUGAUAUAGCUCAAGUUGAUCUAUCUCAUUGGAAGGAAAGAAGUGAGUGAAAAAAGAUUUUUUAUGGAAAAAAAAACAUUUUUUAGGAAGCUGUGAGAUGAAUGGUAGAACAAUUGCGUUGGGUGAUUCUGUUCAUAUGACUCCUUGUGUUACUUGUACUUGUACAACAGAAGGAAUUGCAUGCAAUCCAACAAGAGUGGAUUCUUGCGAAAAAUUGACACAUAAAUAUUUGCUAACUGAUAUUGCGAAGGAUACCUCAUGUAUGAUCCAAUGUACAGAUUAUAUGAAACGGGCCUAA